CGCGUCAACCGAAUGACAAGAUUCCUCCCCGUGCGGAAGUCGAAAGGUUUGCAGAGGAUAUGGCGAGGGAAGCGCGUCUGCUUGACAACCCGCUACCUAAGGACACCGACUUCACCGACGAGGAGGUGAAAGAGAUACAAAGCCGCCUUAACGCACUUGUGCCUCCUCUGCCUCCCUCCUUCACAGACCCCCUAUUCAUCGCAUUUUCUGCCAACUAUCUCCCCGCGCUGGCAACGGCACUCCGCACGCUUUCGCGCGAGACGCAGCGCAAGGCGUUCUCUACGCUUGUGCAGAUCCUCUCUCUGCUCCCCGACCCUGAACGCGACCCGUACUUUCGGCGCUUCCUGGGCUCCUCGCAGUUCGCAGGGCUCCCGACACUCCUCGCGUCCGCGUUCGGCGGCGGCGUCGCCUGGCUGCGACCUUCGGGCCCAGGGAGCAUCUGCAAUCUUUUAUUUUAUGCGCUCGUCUGGUGCGACCCUGCGAUGGGCGACGACAAGCAGACGUGCAUCGACAAGGAUACUCGCGACGCGCUCGCUGCCAGGGUCGCGGAGAUCCAGGCGGACCCGAGCUUCCCGCGCAUCGACGCUACCCAGCGCGCACAGGUUGCGCGGCUCGCAAAGACCCUCGCGACACUCACAAACAUCCCUGGCGCCGGCAUGCCUGCACCAGUGUGGCUGAACGCGCAGCGCGGGCUCGCGGAGAACUCGGUUCAUGGGCUGAACGACUGUGCGGUAUGCUUCGAGGAGGACGAGGCACUGUUCUUGUGUUCCAAGUGCAAGACGGUCAAGUACUGCAGCCAGGAGUGCCAGCUCAGAGGCUGGAAACAGGGGCACAAGAUUCGCUGCUUCGAGACGACGUUCUGAGAAUCGGACGCUGCUUGGAACGUUUCAGUUGGCUGUAUGGCAGUAAAUUAUAGCUAAGUGAUUUCUUCUGUUAUUAUAUCCGUACAUAUACAUAUA